CCAGAGAUUCACUUUACCGUUUUGCUCCACUGCCGAACGGUGCUUGACAACACUGGAAAUCUAUCGGGGAUGACACUCACUGUUGCCCAUCUCCAGUUGCAAAAUAAGCGAAGUGGUGAUUUUAUUUAUUUCUGAGAGAAAUGGACUUGCAAGUGUUAAUGCAGCAAAUGUACAGCGGUGCGGCGGCGGCCAUGCCGAUGAUGAUGGCCGCCCCCCACCUAAAUGGGUACGGAUACGGGAUGGCCCCUGGACAACAGCAGCACUUUUGUCCGUUUCCCGUCAACGGCGAACUGGACGAAGUGGAGGACGACGCCGAGGAGGAGGACGAGGAGCAGCGAACGCUGUUCUGCGGCAAUCUUGACGAGCGGGUGACAGAGGAGAUCCUCUACGAGGUCUUUUUGCAAGCCGGACCAAUCGAGGGAGUGCGGAUACCCACGGACAAUACGGGGCGGCAGAGGAACUUUGGGUUCGUCACCUACCAGCGCCUGUGCGCCGUGUCCUUCGCCCUGGACCUCUAUCAGGGCUUAGAACUGUUUAAGAAGAAGUUGACCAUCAAGCAGCAGGGCGCCGACAAAGCCAAGCAGUCACCAUCCUUUAGCCAGAGUCGCCUACGCAACCCGUUCUUGCUGGAGUCGCUAUCUCAGGCAACGCCUCCACGCCACGCUCGCCACAGUUUGCACGGCGCCAAGCCGUACGACCGAAAUCCGUUCGGGAACAACGGAGACCAGCGGCGCCGCAGCGACAGCUCCGUCAUGGAACGCAACCGGCCGAGGAUGCAGCCAAUCCAGCACCCCCAGCACAUGCAGGGCGGCAGCAGAAGGUCGGACCAACGACAGAACAACAAACGCCGAUUGCUUUGAGAUUUAACAAUGCUUUUAAUUAGUCUUAGUGUAUAGCUUACGAAUAGGAAUAUAGCAUAUAACAUGUACCUGUAUAUCUAAUGUGGUUGCAUUAAAUGUACAGAAUUGCGCCCACCUUCUAGUUCGACUCGUCA